AUGAAUAUAAAUUAAACAGAAACCUAUUUGCUCUAAUAAUCUAAGACAUAAACUGAUUUGAUCUAAACUUAGGAGAAUAUAGAUAAAUAAAAAGGAAGUAAUAAGGAUAUUCAAAGACAUAAAAUUAACUUUACAAAUACUAAUAUGCAUAAUAUUUAGGGAAUACAAGAUGCCGAAAGUCUUAUAUCUAAUGAUUAUAAUAGCCCAUUACAUGUGCAUACUUUUAGUAGUAAUAAUACAAAUUAGGGAGUCUUAACUAAUUUUGCAAAUAGUUAAAACACAUUGUAAAAUCCAUUUUAUGAUAAAAUAUAUGACAGUCCUCAAUAUAAAACUGAGAGGGAUCAAUCAAGAGUGAGACAUAAAAGGAACUUUGCUAGGCAAGAUUAGUAGUUUUCAAAAGAAAUGUAACUAUCUUCACCUUAGAAUGAAUAAAAAGAUAACCUUAAAAUUUCAAUAUUUGGAAAGAGUAGUGCUUUUAAUAAUUAGCCAGUAACAUAAAUCUAAACAAGUACUGGUUAAAUUUAAUAGAAUUCUAAACAUUAUAAUAAAAUUAGUAGUUUUAUUGAGUAGCAAGAUGUAACUGUAAAAGAUUUGGAAACAAAAAACAUUAAAACUUUAAGAAAAUCUAAAUCUCCAUAGCCAUAACAAUCUAUCCUGCAAGAGAGUAUGAACAAAACCCCAUAAAGUUUUCUUUUAAAGUCUCCAAAAUUAGUUUUGAAAAAGUUGGAUUUUGCAGAAGGAGAUGAUUACUUUUUUUUUGAUCCAAAAGCAAAAAUAAACGAUUUGAUUAUUCCCUAAAAUUAAAUAGAAAGUUAGAGUUCAUCUUAGGUUUAAAUGGCUAAGAAAACAAUUCUAAAAUCAUUUUAAAAACCUGUUAGUGUUUCUGAAUCUUAAAAAUUAAAAAAAUAAAAGUCUACUUCAGAUUUUGAUGAUUUACAGAUAGAAGAUAAUUCAAAAAUCAAUGUUAUAAAAUCAGACAGUAAUCUUGAGAAGGAAGAUAAGGAAUUAUUAUUAGUAGUAGCGAUUACAAUUUGGAAUAUUUAAUCACUUAAAACAAUUUUGGCAGAUCAAAAUUUAACUCUAAAAUAAAAGUACUUAAUGAUUAUGAAAAGGCAAGUUAUAUGA